AUGUCCUGCCAAAACCUACUAGCACAAAACACCACAACCAACGAGACCUGCACAGCCUCAAGACUUACCAACACGCGUAAUGCUGGUCGAAAACGACGCUCAUGUGUCAUGUGCAGCAAGCGAAAGGUCAAAUGUGACAAGAAAAAGCCAUGCACAAGCUGCAUCAAGACAGGAAACGAAUGCACGUUCCCGGCCGUGGCCGCAAAUCGGAUCCAAGCGGGAGUGACCCCAGACCUAGUCGAGAUGCUGCAAAGGCUAGAGAAGGUCGUACAGACCCUAGAGCCGAGAGAGUCAGACGAGACUGAGGCCGCCUUGGGUUCAGAAAAUUGCCAAUUUCUUGGUGGUGAUCAUCAGGCCAAUCUUACCGAACAACCCUCAGAUAAUACUGCUACAUUGGCACAAACAACCGGCGGGAAUGAUGCUGAGCCUGAUGAUCACGAGGUCAUAACUGGUUUAAGCAAUCAGAAUCAACCCCGAGUAUCACAACAAAAGGUCACAAGCGUAUCAUCAAACCAUGGGAAGAGCCCGGGUAGGAUAGUCCGUGAUCAUGGCAGGAAUACAUAUGUACGACGCUGGUUUUGGGAUGAUGGAAGCACAGAGGUAACAAAAGCUCCUGCUUAUAUAUCAGCAUGUACUUACCGUCUGGAGACUAGCAGCGGUUCUUCAUCAGAUGCAGAUGAUGACGAUAUGACCGAAGAUGGAGGUCAUCUAGGUGAGAGCUCGACAAGCCGGUGCCAUGGAACAAGCGAUAUGUCAAAAGAAGACAUCAUGAAGACACUAACAGCUCAGAAAAGACAUCUUUGGGUCAUUUACAAAGAAAGAGUGGAGCCAUUAACGAAGUUAUCGCAUUUACCGAUAUUGGAGCGGGCUGUUUUUGCGUCACCCCAAGUAGGCUCUCUUGAAGGUAUGCAAUGCAUUGUCCUAGCAGUUCACUACGGUUCAGUCACCAGUCUGAGUGAGGACGAAUGCAACUCCAUAUUUGGUAGCGGACAAGCCCAUGUUCUAGGCUGCAUGCGAGAGGAGCUGGAGGGACUAUUUGCCGGCUCCUUACUCAUGCACACUGGCGACAUUCGACCUCUACAAGCUCUGACUCUAUACCUGGUGUUUCUCAGGCAUCACGAGCCCAAGAUAUCUUGGAAGCUAUCAGGGCUUGCUAUAAGACUGGCGCAGAAUUUUGGAUUGCAUCGAGAAGACAGUUUCAUCGGGCUCACCACAUUCGAGACCGAGAUGCGGCGGAGGUUGUGGUGGCAGCUAGCCAUUCUCGAUGCACCGUCCGCUGAAGAUUAUUCAGGAGAAUAUAAUUUGCUAGAAAUGGGCAGUUUCGACACUCAUCCGCCCCUAAACCUGAACGAUGCACAACUACAUCCUGCCAUAACGCGAUGCCCACCAGAAAAGAGGAGCAUCACUGAGAUGACGUUCACCUUGGCCCGCUGUCAAAUCACGAGCAUGUAUCGUUGCAUAGCUGAUUCGAGAAGGAUUUGUGGAAACACAGGGAAAACAUAUGCGACUAUGACGCCAGAAGAACGGGCUGACUGGAUCGAUGAUUGCGAGAAUGACUUUUCAGAGAGCUUCUUGAGAGAUUGCAUUCCUACUAAUGCAUUUCACUGGGUUACCGUUGUUCUUACUCGAAUGCUCUUCCACAAAGUCCGACUGCACGGAUUCAAUCCUUUACAAGACACUGGACAUAUGCCAGAAAGUACUCGAGAGAGACUCUUUCUAGUUGCAGUCGAAGUCAUAGAGCUUAAUUAUAAAUUGCGCACUGAUCCACGGACACGUCCGUGGCUUUGGCUCUUGGGCUCUUAUACCCAGUGGCAUGCAUUCUCACUAGUACUCGUGUGGUUGCGGAUAACACCUUUCUGUAAAAGCUCUCGCAGGGCAUGGGAAGCUGUGGAAAAGGCCAUCGUUCUACGGUGGGAGCAUCCAGCGUCACUCCUCAAUGGCAGAAUGCCUCGGCAGUGGCGAUCAAUUAUCAAGUUGCUCGAAAAGGCGCGCUCAGCAAGACGAGAGGCUUUGAGCAAACGAGCUAGACGAGGCUCUCGGAACGCCAAUGACUUGAAGCGCGCUUCUUUCGAAGGUCCGCCUGGAUCCUCCUCGUCGGCUGCAGUGCCAUACCAGAGCGAGGCUUUGUUGCCAAGAGAGAGCCUCCCAGGACAAGUCGCGCAAUCACGUCAACAUUGUCAUUCACCGAACGUAAUGAACAACCUAUCGAAUGCCAGUGCAGCUGGCCCAUCAAUCUCGCUGGGAGUUAUGACAGAUGCCUUUUUGAUGUUGGAGUCACAAUCAAACAACAUGGGCCAGAAUUUAUUCCAGGGGUUUCAUAAUGAGAAUAUGCCUGGUAUCUCUACCAAUGGUUCUGUGGGCCCGGACUUUGGUCAAGAACUGAUGAUGAUGGAUGGUCAGUUUUCUACCGGGGACUUUGAAGGUCUAAAUGAUCUUUCAUUCCUUGACGAUAUUGUUUGA